ACAUACCGAAUAUCGGUUUGGUUACGACAAGGUUAAAAUCACAUAUUAUUCCUUUUUGAAACCAGGGUCUAAACUUGAACUUUGUUAAAGUGGCUGAAAUUGAUGAUCAUCACUUCGAAACCGGAGAUUCUGGUGCUUCUCAGACUUUCCCUAUGCUAUGUUUCGCAUUGCGUAAAAACGGUUUUGUAAUGCUCAAGGGUAGACCCUGUAAAAUCGUUGAAAUGUCUACAUCCAAAACAGGCAAACACGGUCAUGCUAAAGUCCAUUUGGUCGGAAUUGAUAUCUUCACAAAUAACAAGUAUGAAGAUAUCUGUCCCUCCACUCACAAUAUGGAUGUCCCUCAUGUUAAGAGAGAAGAUUAUCAAUUGAUCGAUAUCAGUGAUGACGGAUACUUGACUUUGAUGUAUGACAACGGUGAAUUCAGAGAAGAUCUUAAAUUGCCAGAAGGUGACGUGGGUAAUUCCUUGAGAACCGACUUCGAUAAUGGCAAAGAUCUUUUGUGCACUGUCCUUAAGUCUUGCGGCGAAGAAUGCGUUAUUGCCAUUAAGACUAAUACAGCUCUUGACAAGUAGAGCGUGUAUUUUGUGUGUAGUAAGUUCAUUUUAUUUUUGUUCUUAAGAAAAUACGUACCAACCAACAGCUACAACAAACAAGAAAUAAAUUUUUUGAUAAAAAAUAAGAAUAAAUAAGGACUUGUAUAAUUCUA